AGGUGAUGAUCUUGCCGAUUCUUGACUUCACUUACAGAUAAGACAGGAAAAAAGUAGCGCCAAGUAUCUGUACUGCAAUUCAACACACAUAUCACUGUUGACAUGGAGGAGAAAACAUUGAAAUGCCUGGAGUGUGGAAAGAGUUUUACUCGGAGGCAUCAUCUGCAUCAAAAUGGGGAGGAGCCCUAUAAGUGUCUGCAAUGUGGACAGAGCUUCACUCAUAGUUCAAGUCUACGUUCACGUCAAAUGACUCAAACUGGGGAGAAACCCUAUGCAUGCUUGGAGUGUGGAAAAAGCUUCAGUGAGAAUGGAAAGCUAUGUGUGCAUCAAAGGACUGACAAUAGAGAGAAACCCUAUAAAUGCCUGGAGUGUGGAAAGAGCUUCAGUGAGAAUGGAAGUCUACGUGUGCAUCAAAGGACUCACACGGGGGAGAAACCGUAUGCAUGCCUGGAGUGUGGAAAAAGCUUCAGUGAGAAUGGAAGUCUACGUUCGCAUCAAAGGACUCACACUGGAGAGAAACCCUAUGCAUGCCUGGAGUGUGGAAAAAGCUUCAGUGAGAAUGGAAGUCUACGUKYGCAUCAAAGGACUCACACUGGAGAGAAACCCUAUGYAUGCCUGGAGUGUGGAAAAAGCUUCAGUGAGAAUGGAAGUCUACGUGUGCAUCAAAGGACUCACACUGGAGAGAAACCCUAUGCAUGCCUGGAGUGUGGAAAAAGCUUCAGCGAGAAUGGAAGUCUACGUUCGCAUCAAAGGACUCACACUGGGGAGAAACCCUAUACAUGCCUGGAAUGUGGACAGAGCUUCAGUAAGAAUGGAAAUCUGCGUUCGCAUCGAAGGACUCACACUGGGGAGAAACCCUAUAUAUGCCUGGAAUGUGGACAGAGCUUCAGUCAGAGUGGACAUCUACGCACACAUCAAAGGACUCACACUGGGGAGAAACCCUAUGCAUGCCUGGAGUGUGGACAGAGUUUCAGUGAGAAUGGAAGUCUACGUGUGCAUCAAAGGACUCACACUGGGGAAAAACCCUAUACAUGCUUGGAGUGUGGAAAAAUCUUCACUAAGAAUGGAGAUCUACGUUCGCAUCGAAGGACUCACACUGGGGAGAAACCCUAUAAAUGCCUGGAGUGUGGGCACAGCUUCAGUCAGAGUGGACAUCUACGCACACAUCAAAGGACUCACACUGGGGAGAAACCUUAUGCAUGCCUGGAGUGUGGAAAGAGCUUCAGUGAGAAUGGAAAGCUACGUGUGCAUCAAAGGAUUCACACUGGGGAGAAACCCUAUGCAUGCCCGGAGUGUGGAAUGAGCUUCACUCAUAAUUCAGGUCUACGUGUGCAUCAAAGGAAACACACUGGGGAGAAACCCUAUAAAUGCCCGGAGUGUGGAAAGAGCUUCACUCAUAAUUCAGGUCUACGUGUGCAUAAAAGGAAACACACUGGGGAGAAACCCUAUAAAUGCCUGGAAUGUGGACAGAGCUUCACUCAGAGUGGAAGUCUUCAUUUGCAUCAAAGGACUCACACUGGGGAGAAACCCUAUAAGUGCCUUGAGUGUGGAGAGAGCUUCCCUCAGAGUUCAAGUCUACAUGCACAUCAAAAGAUUCACAUUGGCGAGAAAGCUUGUACAUGCCUGGAGUGAGGAAAGGGUUUCGCUGAAAGUGGACUUCUACAUUCACAUCAAAUUACUCACACUGGGGAACAACCCUAUAAAUGUCUGGAGUGUGGACAAAGCUUCACUCGUAAUUCAAGUCUAUGUUCGCAUCAAAGGAUCCCCGCUAGGGAGAAACUCUAGAAAUGCAUGGUGUGUGGAAAGAGGUUCACUCAUAAUUCAACUCUACGUUUGUAUCGAAGGACUCACAACUGGGAGAAAUGCUAUAAAUGCCUGGUGUGUGGACAGUGCUUUACUCGUAUGUUUUCAUCAAAGGACUCUUACUGGGGAGAAACCCUAUGCAUGCCUGGAGAGUGGACAGAGCUUCACUCACGGUGGAAAUCUAUGUUCACAUCAAAGGACUCCAUUGGGGAGAAACCCUAUGCGCUAUGCAUGCUUGGAGUGUGGACAGAGCUUCACUCAUAAUUCAUGUGUACUUGUGCAUCAAAGGACUCAUACUGGGGAGAAAUCCUAUAAAUGCCUGGAGUGUGGACAGAGCAUCACUGAUAAUUCAAGCUGAAACCAACCCCUUAUAUGGU